AUGGAAAGGCUGUGCGACGAAGAACGAUAUGCUGACCUUAAUAACGAUUAUGUCGAUGACAAUCACGAUGAGGAGAUAAAGCGAUUACAUUUAGCUCUGGCCGACGGAUCCGGUUAUUCGCAAAUUAACUAUAAUUAUGAUGAAAACAAUGCGCCGACGAGUCAACUGACAGAGGAGUUGACGUGUGAGCAAAAGCUGACCACCAGUGAAGACUCGGAUCGUUUUAAAUUACCGACCGGUUUGAGUCCACCCGAAAACAUUUCACUGCCUGAGAGUCAAAAACUGCAUCACAUAAUCGAGAAGACGGCUCUCUUUGUUAGUAAACACGGCAUUCAAAUGGAGAUAAUUUUGAAGACCAAACAGUCGGCGAACAAAAAUUUUGAUUUCUUGUCGUUUGAAUCGCAACUCUAUUCGUAUUAUAAAUACAUUUUAGAGGCCAUAAAGUCUGGCAAAUAUAUACCGAAUCAAAAUAUGCUCGAGAUGGAAAGGCUGUGCGACGAAGAACGAUAUGCUGACCUUAAUAACGAUUAUGUCGAUGACAAUCACGAUGAAGAGAUAAAGCGAUUACAUUUAGCUCUGGCCGACGGAUCCGGUUAUUCGCAAAUUAACUAUAAUUACGAUGAAAACAAUGCGCCGACGAGUCAACUGCCAGAGGAGUUGACGUGUGAGCAAAAGCUGACGACCAGUGAAGACUCGGAUCGUUUUAAAUUACCGACCGGUUUGAGUCCACCCGAAGAUAUUUUACUGCCUGAGAGUCAAAAACUGCAUCACAUAAUCGAGAAGACGGCUCUCUUUGUUAGUAAACACGGCAUUCAAAUGGAGAUCAUUUUGAAGACCAAACAGUCGGCGAACAAAAAUUUUGAUUUCUUGUCGUUUGAAUCGCAACUCUAUUCGUAUUAUAAAUACAUUUUAGAGGCCAUAAAGUCUGGCAAAUAUAUACCGAAUCAAAAUAAAAGCAGUGAUAACUCAGACGAUUCGGACGACGACUCCGAUGGCGACAACUAUUUGCAUCCGAGUCUUCUCGGCUCGUCUUCGGCCAAAGCGAACAAUUCUCGCGUUUUUAAUAUUCCAAACCUAUUGCGGGUCCAAAAUAAUGACAAUAAUGAC